AUGACGUCCGAUUCUAGACUUCAAGCCAGUAUAUUCAUGAAUGGCAGGGGCCGAAUUGCAGAUCCCCACGACGACAUGCCAGAUUAUCGUUGGGUUACAGCGCAUUUGCCUGAGAGUAUGUCGUGUGAUGGGCAAAGCGAUGAGGAGAUCAUGAACCUUGUACUUUGCAAGAUACAGAUUGGGAAUGUCAUCAUUGGUGAGAGUGCCCUGCAUAGCUUAGGGUUCUAUUGCCUUUCGUUGCCGGUAAAGGGUACUCCCGGGGAAAACACCGGCGAAGUUUUGUCUUACGCUGAAACUCUUGUGGAAUGGUGGCUCAAGCAAAUUCGCCUAGGUAAAGCAUGUCUGGACCAGUACAGUAUUUUUGACGCCACCACGCGUGCCCUGGAGCACACCAACAGUCUAGAGAAUGUACCUCAUGGGUGGGGCGAGUCUCGAUAA